AGUUAUACAAUCUGUGCCCCCGACCGACGACUCUCGUCAGGCUCCCAGAAUUAAACUUCGAGCAUUGGGUUCUAUUUGUUUCCUCCAACUGUUGACAACAGGAAACACACAAAAGGCUACACUUGUUGACUUUUAGAGAGAGUACAGUAAAGGACUUCAAUUAAAUCUCUUGGGAAUGGAUCCUGUGUGAAAGCAAGAAGCUAUUGUGAUAAACAUGGCGUCUCACAGCUCCAAGAGGUGUGCGACUGUGAAGAAAAAGUUUGUUCCUAAGACGAAGCCACCUGAACCUGUGGUGGAAUACGUUACACCUGGGGGCUAUGAGCUGGAGAAGAUCCUUAACCGUGACUGCAUGGAGUACACUCACAUCAACCAGGUCUGGCCCAACGUCUGGAUUGGAGAUGAAGAGAGUGCCAAAGACAAAUACCACCUGAAGAAAUUGGGCAUGACCCACAUCCUGAAUGCAGCAGAGGGGACGUGGAAUAAUGUGGACACGGGAGCGGAGUACUACAGCGACAUGGACGUGGUCUACUAUGGGGUCGUGGCGGAGGAUACUCCAACCUUUGACCUUAGCCAGUACUUCUUUUCUGCAGCCCAGUUCAUCGACCAAACACUCAACAUACCUGAAAAUAAGCUGCUGGUGCACUGUGUGAUGGGGAGAAGUCGGUCAGCCACCCUGUUCCUGGCCUACCUGAUGAUCUGUAAGAACAUGACGGUGGUGGAUGCCGUGGACCACGUGAAGCGACGCAGGCGUAUCAUCCCCAACUGGGGCUUCCUGAAACAGCUCAGGCAGCUGGACACUUACCUCUUAGAACAGAGGGACGAGGUGACGACUGACAAGGGAAAAGGAGAAAAAAAGGACAAGGAAAGCGAGGAGGAUGAAUAGAAGGAUCAAAUGUGAUCGAUGCACCCUGAGAAAAGGGAAAUGUAUUUAAUUUCGAUCAUUUGGUUCCACAAGAAAUGUGUACAGUGAAAAAAAUUGUCAAACAAGUAGGUUUCCUAGUACUUCAAAAAUACUGUACUCCAAUUGUACUUCAAAUUUAAAAGAGUUAAAGUGGAAAUCCACAGUUCAAACAAUAAAGCAAUAACAAAGCAA